AGUAUCUUGCAGUAAAAAGUUGGGUUCAAGUUGGUUGGACUGCAUGGCCGCCACUGAAGCGAACCCACGUUGCAAUCAUGAUCGCCAUGAUGCAGCCUAACGCAAACCAGCUCCCAAGCCUCGCUCCUUGAUACCUUAACCUAUCGAUAUAUCAGCACCAGUGCUCAGCUAGCACUGCACUGUCACAGCUGUGCUUCGACCGACGGUCGGACUAGGCGACAUGAAACAGUCCCUUGAGUACACGAGCAUCCUCUGUACCCGACUAUCACUAUCUCUCAUACCAUUCUAAUAUUUUCCAUUGCCAAAUGUCCAAACCCAUCCUGUACACAUUCGGUCAUUCGGUCUGGGCUGCCGCGCCAGAGCUUGCCUUGAUCGAGUUGGGAUAUACUCAGGACGAUGUCGAGAAGAAGGUUGUGAACCUUGCAGAGGGGGAGAAUUUCGCUCCUGCCUUCCUGGAUAUUAAUCCCCAAGGGACAGUGCCGACCCUCGAAGCCGGAGGAGAGGCAUACACCAGUACCGCUAAAGUCACAUCGUACCUCGUGGCCCAUGCUAGUAACCGUGCCACCGUCGCCCCUGGGACUGAGUUCAUGAGCAAAAUUCACCAAGAGCAAUACGACCCGAAUUUCCCCUUGCUGUCAGCCCGCCACGAGGACGAACUACGAAGCAAAGCGUCUGGACAUUCUAUGACGUUCGUCCAAAACCGUCAAAACGCAUUGUCAAAGCACUCAGGAACCCCCCAAAGCGUUGAUCACCGGAACUUUUAUGACGCAAAGGUCGCUGAGAAUGGCAAGGUUCUGUCGAUCUACCAAGCCAAGGCACCAGAGAACGUCAAGAACGGCUUCUUCGAAAUUUCUAGGGUUCAUUGGGACACCUUGAAGGCCUUCAUUCUAGACGAACUCCCUGACAUCCUUCCGGAGAGUGGUUUCCUUGGAGGCGACAUACCCGGUGAAGAUGACUUCCAUCUUGCAGCUUGGCUGGCACGCAUUGUCUUUGCCGCUGGUGGAGGAGACUCAAGCAGAGAUGGGGUGCAUUCUAUUGAGAAGGAGCUGGGCAAGCCAACUCCGGAAAGAGUUGUGUCAUACUGGACAGCAUGGAGCAGGAGGAAGAGUUGGCAAGAUGUGUAUGCCAAUGGACUGCAUUGAAUGCGUAUCCUAGAUUGUGGAUCGAUCAGAUAAUUUCAUAAUAUGCAGCGGUGAACUCAACCGCGCGCUAUGAGGUGCAAGAUUUACC